ACUUGUAGUCCACACCAACCUCAAAGUCUUCAUCAUCUUUCUCUAUGGCAACCAUUCUAAUCCUCUUUUCAGUAGCAUGUCUCUUUAUGAACACUGAAUCCAUCAGCCGAGCAGAUUUCCCAGACGGGUUCAUCUUUGGAACUGCUUCUUCGGCCUACCAGUUUGAAGGGGCUGUCAAUGAAGGAAACAAGGGGACUAGCAUAUGGGACACCUUCUCAAAGCAACCUGGAAGGAUCUUGGACUUCAGCAAUGCCAAGACGGCUGUUGACCAAUACCAUCGGUUUAAGAGCGAUAUAGACUUGAUGAAGGACUUGGGGAUGGAUGCUUACAGGUUCUCAAUAUCAUGGUCAAGAAUCUUCCCAAAUGGAACAGGGGAACCAAAUCACGCCGGAAUAGAAUACUACAACAACUUGAUAGAUGAUUUACUGGAAAAAGGAAUUCAGCCCUAUGUGACUCUGUACCAUUGGGAUCUCCCGCAGAUGCUUGAAGAUAGAUAUGAAGGAUGGUUAAACGAUCAGAUAGUAAAGGACUUUGAGCAUUAUGCUUUCAUCUGUUUCAAAGCUUUUGGGGAUAGAGUAAAGUAUUGGCUCACCUUCAAUGAGCCUCACUCCAUUGUACUUCAAGGUUAUGACCUAGGGUUUCAAGCUCCAGGAAGGUGCUCUAUCCUCGGUCAUUUAUUAUGUAGGAAAGGACAAUCAUCCAUUGAACCGUACAUAGUAGCUCACAACAUUCUCUUGUCUCAUGCUGCUGCAUAUCAUAGUUACCAGCAUAAUUUCAAGAAGCUGGUGGCUGAGAGACUACCUGAGAUCAAACCAGAGGUUUCAAGUUUACUAGUUGGGUCCCUGGACUUUGUAGGCAUAAAUCAUUACACCACGUUGUAUGCCCGGAAUGACAGAACUCGGAUUGAGAAAUUCAUAUUGCAAGACGCUUCAUCCGAUGCAGCUGCCAACUCUCAUUGGCUACACAUAGUGCCGUGGGGCAUCAGAAAACUAGCAAAAUAUGUAAGGGACAGGUAUGGGAACCCACCAAUGGUCAUCACAGAAAAUGGUAUGGAUGAUCCAAAUAAACCUCAUAUAGCUUUAAACAAGGCUUUACAGGAUGAUAAGAGAAUAAGAUACCACAGGGACUAUCUCUCAAACCUAUCUGCUGCUAUAAGGCAAGACAACUGUGAUGUACGUGGUUAUUUUGUCUGGUCCUUGCUUGACAACUGGGAAUGGAACAUGGGUUAUUCUGCCCGCUUUGGCUUAUACUAUAUAGACUACAGAAAUAAUCUUACAAGGAUUCCAAAGGCUUCUGCUAAGUGGUUCAGAAAUAUGCUGAGAUUGGACAGUGAUCUGAGAAACCAGCUAUAG